AUGGAUCCAUACGCUUCUUAUGUCUGUCCUUCUGACUUUAGGGCAACCAGACUGCAGCGCGCGAAUCCUCCCGUUGAGGAAUCAAAGCUUCUUCUUUCACAGCAGCACCAGCACCAGCAGCAACAACAACAACAACAGUUGCCGCCAUUUCGGGAGCUCCUAGGGCCCAAUAUUCAACCUACGAUUGACCCUAUCACAGCGAGUGAGUCUACGGCACUUGCUCAAGCGAACAAUAUGACAAGGAGAACAUUUCAACCGCCGCUAAAAAUCGAACCACCAUCGCCUGAACGAUCGCAGAACGGAAACGGGAUCGAAUCUUUCGACAAUAUGUCUGCUCAAAGCGGUGACUCGGCAUAUACCGCCCAAAGUCACCAUAGGCAGAACCCGUCCUGGAACUCGACUUCCCAAUAUAGCGAGCUCGUUAGUCCAUAUGGCUCUCAACAACGUCCGCCAUGCACAAUUCAAACCCAAUUCCCGCCGUCCAGGGUGAGCCCAUGUUUGCCCUCUAUUCGAGAUUUCGAUCGAUUGAAUGCAUACAACCCUUCGUUCCCUUCAACGGGCUCAUAUGCAUACGGCGCCUCAGGGGGGCCUGCAAACGGCCACGAGAGCUACUCUUUCAAGACGGAGACGUCUUCUUAUUAUGACCCACCCCACCGAUAUGGACAGAGUUAUCCACAGACAAACAGACCGAAUGCUCCACAGAUGGACUAUUCAAGGUAUCCGUCCUCGCUCUAUGAGUAUCGUGGCGGUGUGACAUACCCAUCACCCUAUGCGGGCGAUUAUCUCCCCUCGCCGACGGGCUCACAUCAUCCCGUCUCCCCGACCGUGUCAAAUGAGGGAUGCGGUCUUCCAGGCAGGAGGAGGAGGGGCAAUUUGCCAAAACCUAUUACGGACUAUUUGCGGCAAUGGUUCCUGGCGCACCUGGACCAUCCGUACCCGACGGAAGAGGAUAAGCAACAAUUUGCUCAGACGACAGGUCUCACCCUCGCCCAGGUAUUACUUUCCUUUGCUGUGAAGAAGCGCGGGCUAAUCCUUUAA